AUGGGAAGUUGUUUAUUUUGGGCGUCACCAGUACUACCAAAACUUCUUUCGAAUGACACAAAUGUUAACCCAUUUGGAAAACCUAUAAGUACUAUGGAAGUAUCAAUAAUAGCAACAUGUCAAUAUCUGGGUAAUGGAAUUGGAUUUCUUACAAUGGCUAAAGUGUCAAAUUGGAUAGGACGUAAAAGGACUAUGCGUUAUUCGGGUUUAAGUUUAGUUUGCAUGCUAUUCAUCCUAGCUUUUGCAAGAUCUGUUUAUGUUUAUAUUAUACCAUUAAUAAUAGUAGGUUUUAAUCUAAGCGGCAUUUACGUCAGUGUUUCUGUAUAUAAUAUUGAAAUAUCGGAUGUUUCCAACAGAAGCAAAAUAGGAUCGAUUCUGGGUAUUGCAGCUCCAACCGGAAUUUUUCUUGGGUAUGUUGUAGGUGCUUAUACUAGUAUACAAGUUUAUACUCUUUUAAUAGGUAUACCAGCACUAAUUCAUUUAAUACUAGAACCUUUAGUUAUAGUUGAAUCUCCGGUUUAUUUAGCUUCAAAAGGAAAAGACGCCGACGCACUUAGUUCACUAAAAUUAUUAAGAAGUACUAAAACAAAUGAAGAGGUUAUAAAAGAGUACGCUCAGAUUGAAAAAACUGCAAAUUGUGUUCAAAGUACAGGAAUCCGACCAAGCUUAUUAGAUAUGUUUAAAACCAAAGCGUCUAGGAGAGCUCUUUUCUUAUCUUUAUUACUUUGUAUUGGUCAACAAACAUGCGGUAGUACCAUAUUACUGGUAUUUUCUGGUCUAAUAUUUAACAUUGCAGAAUCUGUGGUGUCUCCUGAUACAAUUGGUAUUAUUAUAGGAAGCACGCAGUUAGUAGUUUAUAUUAUUGUUGGUUAUCUAUAUAACAGGUGGGGUUCUCGAAAGUUAAUGUUGAUUUCUUGCUCGGUCUGCAGUUUUUGCAUGUUGUUUAGUAGUAUGUACUUUUAUAUGAUAAAAAUGAAAUCUCCGCUUACUGAAAAUUUAGGUUGGCUACCUAUUCUAUUGACCGUGUUGUUUAUAACGGGGUAUGGUGUGGGAUACGGAUUUCUUCCAAUAUCGUUAUGCAACGAACUUUUUUCUACUGAUCUGAGAUCUUUGGGUUUUGCAACAAGUAUGUUAGGAGAAACGGUCUUUGUUCUUAUUAUACGAUUUAGUUAUCCGUUUUUAGCUGAAAACAUUGGAGACUAUUUUGCGAACCUGCUAUUAAUCACCUUGGGAAGCUGUUUAUCGUGGGUAGCACCAGUAUUGCCGAAACUACUCUCGAAUGAUACAAAUAUUAACCCUUUUGGAAAACCCAUAAGUACUAUGGAAAUAUCAAUAAUAGCAGCAUGUCAGUUUGUAGGCACUGGAGUUGGAUUUAUUAUAAUGGCUAAAGUAUCAAAUUGGGUAGGACGUAAAAGGACUAUGCGUUAUUCGGGUUUGAGUUUAGUUUGCAUGCUAUUCGUGCUAGCUUUUGCAAGAUCUGUCUAUGUUUAUAUUAUACCAUUAAUAAUUGUAGGUUUUAAUCUAAGCGGGAUUUACAUCAGUGUUUCUGUAUACAAUAUUGAAAUUUCGGAAAUUUCAAAUAGAACCAAAAUAGGAUCGAUUCUGGGUAUGGCAACACCCACCGGAAUUUUUAUUACGUAUAUUAUAGGAGCUUAUACUAGUAUAAAACUUUAUACUUUAAUAAUUGCUAUACCAGCUGUAAUUCAUUUAAUACUAGAACCUUUUGUCAUUGUCGAAUCUCCGAUUUAUUUAGCUUCAAAAGGAAAAGAUGAUGAAGCACUGAGUGCACUAAAACUACUGAGAAAUACCAAAAGAAAUGAAGAGAUUACGAUAGAGUAUGCUCAGAUAAAAAAUAUUGUUCAAGAUUCCAGAAACCAACCAAGUUUCUUAGAUAUGUUUAAAAGCAGAGCAUCUAGAAAAGCUCUGUUCUUAUCUUUACUGCUUUGUGUUGGUCAACAAACAUGUGGUAUUGCCACAUUACUGACAUUUUCUGGUUUGAUAUUCAAUUACGCAAAUUCUGCUGUAUCUACUGAUACAAUUGGUAUUAUUAUCGGAGGCACACAAUUGAUGGUUUAUUUUGUUGUAGGGUAUCUGUAUAAUAGAUUUGGUGCUAGAAAGUUAAUAUUGUUUUCUAGCUCGUUCUGCAGUUUCUGCAUGUUGCUUAGUAGUAUGCUGUUUUAUUUGAUAAAAAUACAAUCUUCGCUUACAGAGAAUUUAGGUUGGCUACCUAUUCUAUUAACUGUUUUAUUUAUAUUGGGGUACGGUGUAGGAUACGGAUUUAUCCCGAUAUCUUUAUGUAACGAACUUUUUACCACUGACCUAAGAUCUUUAGGUUUUGCAACUACAAACCUCCUGUUGAUUACAUUGGGAAGUUGUUUAGCGUGGGCAACACCAGUAUUGCCCAAACUACUAUCGAAUGAUAAAAAUAUCAACCCAUUUGGAAAACCAAUAACAACUAUGGAAGUGUCUAUAAUAGCAGCUGGUCCAUUUGUCGGUACUGGACUUGGAUUUAUUAUGAUGGCUAAAGUGUCAAAUUGGAUAGGACGCAAAAGAACAAUGCGUUACUCAGCUUUGAGCUUAAUUAUCAUGCUGACCAUAAUAGCACAUGCUAAAUGUGUAAAUGUUUGCAUUAUACCGUUAGUAAUUUUAGGGGUUAAUCUAAGUGGAAUUUAUAUUAGCGUUUCCGUUUAUAGUAUCGAAAUUUCAGAAAUUUCGAAUAGAAGCAAAAUAGGAUCGAUUUUGGGCAUGGGGAUGCCUAUUGGAGGUUUUAUUGCAUACCUUGUAGGUGCUUAUACUAGUUUUAAAGUGAAUACUUUAUUAAUCGCUAUACCAGCCGUAAUUCAUUUAAUUCUAGAACCGUUAGUUAUAGUUGAAUCGCCGGUGUUUUUAGCUUCAAAAGGAAAAUACGCCGAAGCACUUACAACAUUGAAAUUGUUAAGGUGUACCAAGACAAAUGAAGAGAUUAUGGCAGAAUAUACUCGGAUGAAAAACACUGCAGAAGUUACUAAAAAUAAUAAGAAUCAACCAAGUUUAUGCGAUAUGUUUAAAACUAAAGCAUCAAGGAAAGCUUUCUUUUUAUCAUUGCUGAUUUGUGUUGGACAACAAACAUGUGGUCUUUCCACAAUAACAACAUUUUCAGGUCUAGUAUUUAAUUAUGCAAACUCUGCUUUAUCAACAUCCACGAUUCAAAUUAUUAUCGGAAGCACGCAACUGAUGAUUUAUCUUAUCGUAGGUUUUCUUUAUAAUAGAUUUGGUGCUAGAAAGUUAAUGCUAGUUUCUAGUCUGUUUUGCAGUUUAUGUAUGUUGUUUAGUAGUAUAAUUUUUUAUUUGAUAAAAGUACAAUCUCCACUUAUUAAGAAUUUAGGUUGGUUACCAAUUUUAUUAGCUGUAUUAUUUCGAACAGGUUACGGUAUAGGAUAUGGAUUCGUUCCGAUUUCUCUAUGCAACGAACUUUUUACCAAUGAUCUGAGAUCAUUAGGUUAUGCAACAACAAAUCUUCUACUAAUCACAUUGGGAAGCGCUUUAGCAUGGGCAGCACCAGUAUUGCCUAAACUUCUAUCAAACGACAUAAAUAUUAACCCAUUUGGAAAACCGAUAAGUACCAUGGACGUAUCAAUAAUAGCAGCGUGUCCCUUCAUCGGCACUGGAGUCGGUUUUAUUAUGAUGGCUAAGAUAUCAAAUUGGAUAGGACGUAAAAGGACUAUGCGGUACUCAGCUUUGUGUCUAGUUGGUAUGCUAGUCGUACUGGCAUUUGCGAAAUCUAUAUGCAUUUAUAUUAUAUCUUUAGUAGUUGUAGGAGCUAAUCUAAGUGGGAUAUUCGUUAGUGUUUCCGCAUACAAUAUUGAAAUUUCAGAUAUUUCGAAUAGAACCAAAAUAGGAUCUGUUUUAGGUACACCAAUACCAAUUGGAAUGUUUCUAACAUAUAUUAUAGGUGCUUAUACUUCUGUCAAAGUUUAUACUCUACUAAUAUCUAUACCAGCAAUAAUUCAUUUGAUUCUAGAACCUUUUAUUAUAGUUGAAUCUCCAGUUUAUUUAGCUUUAAAAGGAAAAGACGCUGAAGCACUUAGUACACUGAAACUGCUAAGAUCUUUCAAAACAGAUGAUGAGGUUAUGUUAGAGUAUGCUCAGAUGAAACAAUCUGCAGAAGAUAUUCAAAAUACAAAACAUGAACCAAGUUUAAUAGAUCUCUUUGAAACUAAAGCAUCUAGAAAAGCAUUGUAUUUAUCUUUACUACUUUGUAUUGGCCAACAGACUUCUGGUAUUACCGCAUUACUGACAUUCUCUGGUCUAAUAUUUAAUUAUGCAAAAGCUACCUUAUCUGCGGAUACAAUAGGUAUUAUAAUGGGUAGCACACAACUGAUGUUUUAUUUUGUUGCAGGUUUUUUAUACAAUAAGUUUGGAGCUAAAAAUUUAAUGUUGUUUUCUACCUUGUUCUGCAGUCUUUGCAUGUUUUGUAAUAGUAUUAUUUUUUAUUUGAUAAACAUACAAUCUUCUUCUACUGAGAAUUUAGGUUGGUUACCUAUUUUAUUAGCUGUAUUAUUUUUAAUGGGUUACGGAAUAGGAUACGGAUUUGUCCCGAUAUCUCUAUGUAACGAACUUUUUACCAGUAAUUUACGAUCUCUUGGUUUUGCAACAGGUAUGGUAGGAGAAAGUGUUUGUGUUUUUAUAGUACGAUUUACUUAUCCAAUUUUAUCUCAGAAUUUUGGUGAACAUUCUGCGAUGUUUCUAUAUUUCGUAACAGGUCUAUUUAACUUUUUCGUGUUUUUGUUCUUAUUGCCGAACACAAAGGACAAAUCAUUUCAAGAAAUCCAAGUUGAGCUAAGUAAGUAA